UAUAAUAUACGAUUAAAUCGUGUAAUUCUAAUUAACUCUAAUUCGGAUCUAAUCGAGUCGAUUUUCUAAUCAAUUGUAUUCCGAAGUAAACAGUUUUGGGUCUAAAUGGGCCAACAUUUCAUUUCAUCCAUUCUAAGACCCAACUCUUCGUUUUCACCAAGAAACACUUUGUACCAAAAGAAAAAUAACAAAGAUUUCAUAGAAAAACAAAACAAGAAAGAGUGGAGAAAUGGAGGAAGCAAAGGCAAUGGCUCAUCAGCAGCAGCAGCAAUUUCUCUUACAACAACAGCAACAGAAACAGCAACAGCAACAGCAACAGCAGCAGCAUCACCAACAGCAACAAUUUCUACUCUUACAACAACUUCAAAAGCAACAGCAACAGCAACAGCAACAGCAACAGCAGCAACAAGCAAUUUCUCGGUUCCCGUCAAACAUAGAUGCCCAUUUACGUACUACUCCAGGUGUUCUUCCUCACCGUCCUAUUAACAUCCAACAAAACCCUAAUUCUAGCCCCAAUCCCAAUCCCAGUCCUAACCCUAACCCUAACCCUAACCCUAAUUCUACUCCUAAUUUACAACAACAACAACAACAACAGCCGUCACAGUCACAGCAGCAGCAGCAGCAGCAGCAGCAGCAGCAGCAACAACAACAACAGCAGCAGCAGCAGCAGCAACAGCAACAGCAGAAGCAGAUCCGACCGUUGAAUCAAGCGGAACUCCAGAUGGCUUAUCAGGAUGCCUGGCGUGUUUGCCAUCCGGAUUUUAAGCGGCCUUUUUCUUCCCUUGAAGAUGCCUGUGAGAGGUUACUACCUUACCAUGUAGUAGCAGACUAUGAAGCAGAGGAGGAUGAUAGAAUUCUUGAUUCUGACACAACUGGCAUGAUGCCAUCUCGCUCCCAGCAAUGGGAUCACAACAUUGCUGCCAAAGUUGCAGAGUUCACAGCCACAUUCGAGAAACAGGCUCUUGCCUUCAAUAUAAUAUCUCGCAAGCGAGCAAUGGGGGAAUUUCGAUCUGAGGAAAGGUUGAUGGUUGAGCAGGCUCUUCUCCAGGAAGAGAAGAAAGCCAUGCUUGAUUUGAGAGCAGAAAUAGAAUCUAGGGAGAAGGCUGGUCGGGAGGCUCAUGAGGCUAAGUUGCGAAUGGUAGCAAUAGCUCAGGCAGAGCAAGCUCGAGCUGAAUCACAAGCUCAUGCUGAAAUAAUGGCCCGAGGACCUAUAAGGGCAAACGCACUUGGGUCUCAAGGAAGCAACCUUCCGAUUGGUCAUGACAUUGGAGAGCAGUCGCAGGGUGUAAACCCCGAUGAGAUGAUGAAUGGAUGGGGGAACAAUGCACAGAGGGAUGAAAAGGAGCCGUCCGAAGAUUUCUUGAAUGAUGAAGAGACUGAAAACGGAGAUACAAGUGUGCAGAAUGACUGGCGCGAAGUUGGGGAGUUUGAUUUAAACAGUAGAUAAGCCAUGAAGGGUGGUUGUUGCCAUUCAGUAUCACCAUCCCUUUUUUUAUUCGUUUCACUUUUUUAACCUCGUUAAAGAAAACACGUACUAAAAGCUUGGACAUUUUCAUUUCAGUUAGCCUUGUGGUUUCUGCAUUUAUGUCUUGGCUAAGCAAGCAAAGGAGAGGUGCAUGGUGCAAGAGUGUAUUUGCUUUUGGGAGCUGCUUGAGGCUUCCAUUGAUCCUGUUUAAUGUUCUUUGUAUAUUCUCCCAAACCAACUGGACGAAUUCAAAGUAGCUAUAAAAGCAGCUAGGCUUUUGAGUAA